CCAACACAUGGGGACUCGUGUGGAACAAAAUUGAGGUCCUCAUAAGCAAAACAGCUUAUAAAUUGUACAGAACAAUAUUUUUUAAAAUCUAAAAAUGCAAAAAGUUUUCUAUGAUCUUUAGGUUUAGGGGAUAAAAUAUACAGUUUGUACAGUAUAAAAACCAUUACGCCUGUGGACUGUCCCUGUGUGUGUGUGUGUGUAUGUGCGUGAGUGCGUGCGUGCGUGUCUGUUUGGUUGUGUGCGUGUGCGUGGGUGUGUGCGUGCGUGCGUGCGUGCGUGCGUGUGUGUGCGUGCGUGCGUGCGUGUGGGUGUGUUUGGUUGUGUGUGUGUGUGUGUGUGUGUCACGACUGACCUCAGCAUCAUUAGGAGAAUUGCUUUGAGCUUGUGCAGUGUGCUGUCAGAGCACAACCGUCACUGGAGGAUGAAAUCUGUGCCAUCUGACGCGCAGGGAUUUAUGGGUUUAGACACAAUUGCUUUUCCCAGUGUGGAGAUUAAGCUGUGUGGAUGUUGACAGGGCAGAUCCCUGUGGUCCUUCUCGGCCUCAUUACCAAUGGAACAAUGUCCACAGAUGGGUGUGUGAUGACAUGCUUGAGUCUCAAAGUGUCUGGAAUCUGAAGAUUGUCGAGGUGUUUGUCACCAUGCGGCUGGAAACUCUACUUGUGUUUGUUUGUGUCAGUGUGUGGAGCACUACAGGACACAGAUCAGCCCAUAAAACAGGACACAAACUGGAGACCUACAAGCAAAGCAGGUUCCAGAGAGAAACGCGUGUGAAUGGACGGAGUCAGAAGUCUGGCAGCCCAAUUUUCAGAAGAAGUCCAGACAUGACCAAAUCUCCCAUCACUAAAUCAGAGCAGCUGUUGAGAAUCGAUGACCACGAAUUCACAAUGAGACCGGCGUUUGGAGGACCUCCGAUACCUGUGGGUGUGGACGUUCAGGUGGAAAGUCUUGACACCAUCUCUGAGGUGGAUAUGGACUUUACCAUGACGCUGUAUCUGAGACAUUACUGGAAAGACGAGCGCUUGUCCUUCCCCAGCACCAACAAUCAGAGCAUGACGUUCGACAGCCGUCUGGUGAAGAAGAUCUGGGUGCCCGACAUGUUCUUCGUUCAUUCCAAACGCUCCUUCAUUCACGACACCACCACAGACAACGUGAUGUUACGAGUCUAUCCCGACGGAAACGUCCUGUACAGUCUCAGAGUCACCGUCACCGCCAUGUGUAACAUGGACCUGAGUCGCUUUCCUCUGGACACGCAGACGUGUUCUUUAGAGAUCGAGAGCUAUGCAUACACCGAUGAUGAUCUGAUGCUCUACUGGAAGAAAGGCAACGAGUCUUUGAACACCGAUGAGCGGAUUUCUCUCUCACAGUUUCGCAUCCAGAAGUUUCACACCACGACUAAACUGGCCUUCUACAGCAGCACAGGCUGGUAUAAUCGUCUGUACGUUCACUUCACUCUCCGUCGACACAUCUUCUUCUUUCUGCUGCAGACCUAUUUUCCAGCCACGCUCAUGGUCAUGUUGUCCUGGGUGUCUUUCUGGAUCGACCGCAGGGCCGUACCUGCACGAGUUCCUCUGGGCAUCACAACGGUUCUCACGAUGUCCACCAUCAUCACGGGAGUGAACGCCUCCAUGCCCAGAGUCUCUUACAUCAAAGCCGUGGACAUCUACCUGUGGGUGAGCUUCGUCUUCGUCUUCCUGUCGGUCAUCGAGUACGCUGCCGUGAACUAUCUUACCACCGUUCAGGAGCGCCGAGAGAGAAAACUGAGAAAUCAUUUGCCGUGCACGUGUGGGAUAGCGAACCCCGAGGAAGAUAUGAUGAUGACCACCUGCUACAGCGACGUGGAUCCCAACACCACGGGAAGUUACGGGAUGCCGGAGAACGGAGGCGGUCAGGAGCGGAUCAUGGCUCAGCUGGCGCUGGGUCAGAGGACGGGUCGAGUCAAAAGCACGCGAGGAUACGUCAACAUCUGGAUAGAUACUCACGCCAUAGACAAAUACUCCCGAGUGAUCUUUCCUGGAGCUUACACGCUCUUCAACGUCAUCUACUGGUCCAUCUAUUCUUAACUUUGACUCUGAAGCGUCACGUGUAAAACCUCAGAACUAUGAGAGAACAUUCAGCGCGUCUCUCCGCCUUUAUCUUCAACUCUUUGGAUUGUGUCACAGAUGUUUACAGCAAUCUGUCAUUUUCAUACUGUAUGUCUGCUCAUGCUUCUUCAUUUGGACAUGUCAUCUCAACAUCCAUGUUUGUCAGAUCCGUGGAAUGUUUUCAGGGUGGUGGAUAUUCCAUCAUGUCAAUUAUGUUUUUUGAAUAUGUACAGUAUGUUUUUAAUGUGAAUUUAGGGGAAAAUGCAUUGAUUGGGUAUAAAAUGGCAUAGUUUAUUUUUGGAUUGUUUUAUUUAACAGUGGGUAAACAAACAGAAUAAAGCGUGUGUGAUUCUGAAUCUGAGGAUGGUUUGUAAAGUCCACAAUGACACGUCAAUGAGACCGCUCGCCCCAUGUCUGUGAAUACAAAUUACUUUUAUUUUGAAAAUGUGGUUUCUCUACUGAAAAAAAAUGCUAAAUCCAGCCUAAACUGGUUGUCUGCUUUGAGCUAGUCUCCCAGCCAGGUUUUAGUUGGUUAAGCAGGCUGGUUUUUGGUCACAUUUUUAGCUGGUCAAGCUGGUUGGCCGGUCUUAGCUAGUUUAAGAUGGUAGUAGCUGGAUAAAGAUGGUCAAGCUCGUCUACCAGCCUAACCCUCUAAAACCAUCCUGCUUAACCAACUAAAACUAGGCUGUGAGACCAGCUCAAACUAGCCAACCAUCUUGGGCUGGUUUUAGCAGUUUUCUCAACUUUCAUCACGUUCUUAAUCUAAAGUAGAUUUAUUUUCUUUUAAUAACACCGUGAUAUUGUU